GCACAUAGGAUAAGUAUUAGUUCAAGUGUUGUCUGUUUUCGUAAGUAAUGACUAUCCUUCUAUUUUAAAUGUCAUUCUGGUAAUCGACGUCGUUGUCAUGGUGAAAGGUGAAAGGCAUGAUAUUUAUGGGGAGAGGCAGGGGGCAUUUAAGGCAGCUGCUGCAGUCUGACAGAGCAACGUCCUCUUCCCGCCGUAGCUUCUCGUCAUGUGUGAAGAUUGCAGAGGAGAAGAAGCGCUGCUAGGCAAAUGCGCUGAGGACAGGAGAGACAUUAUGGGUGCUACGGUGGAGGUUUUGGAUGAGGAUGCGUCUUCGCUGCAGACGAUGGCCUCUGCACCUCUGCUGGGCAGAGCUGUGUGCGCGAGCUGCAAUGAAGAAAUAGUGGAUAAAUAUUUAUUAAAGGUGAACGACCUGUGCUGGCACGUGCGCUGUCUGUCCUGCAGCGUGUGCCAGACUUCACUUGGCAGCAGCACGAGCUGUUACAUCAAAGAAAAAGAGGUUUUCUGUAAACUGGAUUACUUUCGAAGAUACGGCACCUGGUGCGCGUGCUGCGGCCGGAACAUCCACUCCACGGAUUGGGUCCGCCGGGCGAAGGGGAACGUGUACCACCUGGCCUGCUUCGCCUGCUUUUCCUGCAAGAGGCAACUGUCCACCGGGGAGGAGUUUGCUCUCGUGGAGGAGAAGGUGCUGUGCAGGGUGCACUACGACUGUAUGCUGGACAACCUCAAGCGGGCCGUGGAGAAAGGAAACAGUGUGAACAUGGAGGGAGCUGUUCCCACUGAACAGGAGAUAAACCAGCCCAAACCCUCCAAGAGAGCAAGGACAAGCUUCACUGCUGACCAGCUGCAGGUGAUGCAAGCUCAGUUUGCUCAGGACAACAAUCCAGACGCUCAGACGCUGCAGAAACUAGCCGAGCAGACGGGCCUCAGCCGGAGAGUCAUUCAGGUCUGGUUCCAGAAUUGUCGAGCUCGCCACAAGAAGCACGUGAGCCCAAACCACAACUCCAGCACCCCCAUGAGCUCACUGCAGCCCAGCCUCCUGUCCCAGCCCACCCCGACCCCUGAGGAGCUUCAGUACACCACGUACGGAGGCCCGGAGGGGUCAAUGCUCUCUGCGCUGCACUCCUUCAUAGACAUACACUCUCCUCAAUCCAUGUUUCAACCGCUGCUGCCCGCCCACGCCAUGACCUCCAUGCCUGUGUCUCACACCUGAGCUGCUCAACUCAAAAACAUACACACCCACAUCUUUACAAGUGAUCAUCCAACAAUUGGAGCUGCCGUAUUCAUUUCCCUGUGUAAAUAGAAUUUGAUUUUAAGUGACGAUGAACGCGUUCCUUUCCCUGAACUGUCAGUAUUUUUAUCACGUUGAUAUCCUUUGAAAACUCCUUUCUGUUGACGAUUAUUUUCAGUCCUAAAUGUACGAUGCAAUGUGGAAAUUGAAAGGUUUCUGUGUACCUCAUAGGAUUGUGACACACACCAUUACAGAUUUCUAUUCGUUUGUGUAGUUGGUGACACUGUCUGACUGCGAUAGCCAACCAGGACACAAAAUCUUGACUCAUUAUGAAGGUGAACUUGAAAUUGUUUGUAUAGCAGUGUUUUAAA